CUGCUCAGAGCGGUCCACGGUGAGAGCGCCAGCAGUUGCACUCCUUUGCCGACACCUGAAACACGGUCCGCGUGUGUUGUUCUCGCGUGCUUGCGUGUGAGACUCGCGAUACAGCGCCACCGGCAUUAUGCAAUGCGCGCGAUGACCGAACGCAAUGGGGAAGAGAAGCCACGCGUUGCUCGCAAUAUGAAAACCAGCACGGUGCUUUCGGUUUCAGUCGAGCUCCAGCAUCAGCCCCGUACGGACGGCUGCAGAUCGCGAUCGUGUUGUGAUUUUUCGAAGUUUAUACUAUCGCCGUCCAAGUGAAAAAGGUUUAACUGCUUGAAAGGAAGUAGUAUACGAGAAAUCAAAGUCUGGUGCAACAGAUCGGUCGCGUGAAAUCGGUCCCGUCCUGGUCGGGACGUUCCUUAACGGUUAAGGAAGAAGUGGAAAGUUCUUAAAACCAAAAAAAAAACGAGAGAAAAUCAGCAAGACGAAUUAGACGAACGAUGUACGCCUUCCGUGUGCUGAUCCUGUCCCUCGUUUCCAUCGGUGUACAUUCCAGCUAUGCUCUUCCACCAGCAACGUUCGGUGAAGCCUUGGCCAGUGCUGGCCAAUUAUCAAACAAACUGAAGGAAACGGCAGCAUGGAAAACAUUCACCGGUAUCGCACGUGACUCCGACUCGAUCAACUCGCUCGUACGGAUCAUACCGCGCACGACGAUGGGGUUCGUGCGUGAUGUGGUGAGUUCGUUCAAGCGCGAGUCCCGUGCCAUCAUACUCACCAAAAACGGUGCACUGGAGGGCCGGCUGCAGCAGGUGAAGGGUGGUGGUUCCGGUUCGUUUUACGCGUUCAAAGGCAUCCGGUACGGGCAACCGCCGAUCGGUGAGCGCCGGUUCCGGGCUCCACUGCCGGAGGAACCGUGGAAAGGGAUACGCAGUGCAACACGCGAAGGUUCCGUCUGUCCGCAUCGCAACAUGAUACUGGACAACUUUAAGGGUAAUGAGGAUUGUCUGUUUCUGAACGUUUAUUCGCCGGAGCUCCCGAUCGGUGAGGAUAAUCCACAGCUGCCGGUAAUGGUGUGGAUCCAUGGUGGCGCAUUUUCGUUCGGUUCGGGCAAUGCGUUCCUGUACGGACCGGACUAUCUCGUACCGAACGGAGUGGUGCUGGUGACGUUCAACUAUCGUCUCGGACCGCUCGGAUUCCUGAGCGUGGGUCGGGAUGCACCGGGCAAUGCGGGCAUUAAGGAUCAGGUGCUGGCGCUUCGUUGGGUGCAGGAAAACAUAGCCGCCUUCGGUGGCAAUCCUGAGGAUGUGACCAUCUUCGGACAGUCGGCCGGUUCCGUAUCGGUACAGCUGCUCACACUGUCCCCACUAUCGAAGGGACUCUUUCACAAAGCGAUCGCCCAUAGCGGUUCGGUGCUGAACCCGUGGGCCAUCGCGCGUGAUACCAAAGAUCGUGCAUUUAAGCUUGCCCAACAGCUGGGUAUUCGGACGAACGAUACCGGCGAGCUGUUGGAGCAGUUGCGCCGUACCAGUCCGCAGAAGAUUGUCGAUGCCGCGCUUAAAACGCUCACCGCGGAAGAUGUGCGUCGAAGCAUUGGGUUACCGUUCGUGCCAUCGCUGGAAGACUGGACCGGUGAGGAUGCCUCGGACGAGGAACCGCUUAUCGUGGAGGAACCGCUGGCACUGCUGAAGAGUGGCCGGUACCAUCACGUGCCGGUGAUCGUCGGGUUUAAUUCGCACGAAGCGAUGCUGUUUAUGCGACGAUUGCGCAAGGAUCCAAAUUUGCUGCAAACGCUCGACGGAGACUUUGAGCGACUGAUACCAUUGAAUCUGCAGCUGGAUCGUGAAUCGGACGAGGGGAAGAAAUUUGCGGCACGAAUGAAGCGAUUCUACAUGGGCGAAAAGCGUGUCUCGAACGAAACUAUUCAGGAGAUGAUGAAUCUCAUGUCGGAUGUAAUGUUCCUGCACGGUAUUACCGAUUAUGCCCGAUUGCAUGCGUCCCAUAAUGGGCUCAACUCAACGUGGAUCUAUCGGUUCGCGUACGACGGUGCACUAGGGAUCUACAAGCGGAUAUUGGGCAUUGAUUGGCCCGGUGCCUGUCACGGUGAUGAGCUCGGAUAUCUGUUCCACUUCGGUGUGCUUAACCUGCGGCUAGAUAACACCUCACCGGAGCUGCAGGUGAUGCAUAAGAUGACCCGCAUGUGGUCCAACUUUGCCAAGUACGGAAAUCCCACACCCUUUGGAGAAGAUGAACUGGUGCUAGGCAUUAACUGGCCGUCGGUUAUACCGAACACGAUGACCGAGCUACCCUACCUGGACAUUACCGGGACGCUCGAGAGCAAAACGAACCCCGAAGCGGUACGGCUACAGUUCUGGGAUGAAGCUUUUACCAAGUACAAUGGCAAUUUGUUGUAAUACAACGUGACAGUACAACAAACCGGAGUCGUAGAUCGUAGAUCAGUUUAGUGUACUGUGUGGGUGCUCCGACUCUGGAAUGCAAUCAGUUUUUUUUCCUGAGCCGGUAUAGCUUUAGUGAAUUGUUUAAGCCAUAGGAACAGAAAUGUUUUGGUAUUAGGAUCGUUUCAUACCUAGCUGAAGGAGGGCAACUAGUAGACGUGUUUGCUACUGAAAUGAUACAUUAUGGGUACAUUUCUUUUGAGCUGUAGUUUAGUAAGUGUUGCUAUUUGCUUUUAUCUUGAAUGGAUGUAGUUGAUGUUAUGUUUUGUUUCCCAUUCUACAAAGUAAGUAAGCUAAACUAGGGUAAAAAAUAGACAAAUUUUUGGACUUUUCUAUCGAGGACUGAAUGCUUAAAAGUGAAUUAUUACAAACAAAUAAACCGAUAUAAAAACACGAAUCGAUCUUAUUGAAUAUUUCAUUAUCGACCCUUUUCCCGCUGAUC